UUAGAAAGUGGACCAGGGUGCACAAUCCACUACGUGCACCCUCUAUAAAACUACGUCGUUUUGUUUGUUUUUACAUUUAAAAAAUAUAGAAAAAUCGAAAUUAAACACAACCAACAAACAGAUUUUUUAAAAACAAAAUAAUUAAUUAAAAAAAAUGGUACCAGAUUUAUUGCUCCUAAAUAUUUGGUAUCUAACAAACGUAAUAUUAAUUUAUUUUCAAUGUGCUCAUCAUUAUCCCAUUCUCUAAUUUUAUUUUUUACGAGAAACUUGCUGUAGCCAUUUCAUUAUACUGUAAUGCCGAAACUAUUUAGAAAAUAAAUGACAAUGGCUAGUUCAAGCUUUAAUGAAGGAGAUGAUGCUCAAGGAAAUGAUGAUUACGAUGAUACUGAAGAUCAAACCGAUGAAUUUGUUAACAAAAAUAAAGGAUUUGAAGAAGCAGAAAAUUCUGAACGAUUAUAUUCAAAGGUGAAGAGUGACGAAGAAGCCUACACAUUAUAUAAUGAUUACGCAUUUAGGCAGGGGUUUGGAACUCGGAAGGGUAAGAGAUCUCUAAGAGCUGAUAAAACAGUCCGACAACGUUUCUUCCUUUGUUCGUAUGCUGGUUUCAAGAAUAAAGGUGGUGUUGAGCCCACAGCUUAUAAGAAAACGGAUUUUCGUACUGGUUGCAAGGCUAGUAUUCAAUUUGAUGUCGAUAAAAAAACUGGCCUCUAUAUUGUUACCAAGCACAAUAUGAUUCAUAAUCAUGGAAGAGUUCCAGUCAGCAAAAGACAUUUGAUAAGGUCACAUAGGAAAGUUACGGAAGAACAGUUGGCUAUGCUUAGCUCUUUGACAGAGAAUGGUGUCCCGGUUGCUUUUGCUGUACGGGUGUUAAAACACCAAGCUGGUGGGGAAGCCAAUCUUGGGUUCCUUAAGAGUGAUGCUUAUGAUGCGUUAGCUGGUAUAAAAAAAACGAGACUUGAUGGCUUUGACACAAAACAGUUGUUAAAUUUUUUCAAAACUAGAAAAGCUAAUGAGGUUGACUUUUAUUAUGAUUUUGAGGUUGAUGAUGAAGGUUAUCUUGAUUGUUUUUUCUUUCGAGACGGGCGGAUGAAGAUUGAUUAUGAUGCAUUUGGAGAUCUUUUGGUACAUGACACUAGCUACAUAUCGUACGAAUAAAUACGACAUGAUAUGUGGUCCCUUUGUGGGGAUGAACCAUCACAACAAGAAUGUUAUGUUUGGCGUUGGUUUUAUCGUGAAUGAGAAAUGGGAGUUUUUUGAAUGGUUGUUCAAAACAUUUUUAAGGUCUAUGGGAGGGAGACAUCCAAUUACCAUUAUGACAGAUCAAUCUAAAUCUAUGAAAAAAG